AUGGCCAUAUUCCCCGUGGAGAAGCUGUUCGUGAGAACGCCAAUGGACCUCAAUGAGGAUCCACGAUCUGCCCAGCUCCUCGAUAGUGGGCAUAGCGCGUACCGGCAGCCUGAGUAUCAGGAUUCGGAUCCCUGCCGGUUCCGUUACCGUAUCGCGACACGAGGCGCACCCGAGAUGGCAAAACACUCGAUUUUUUCUUUGAUAUUUCUUCUUGUACCCACUUGA